AAGGUACGAUUUUCAGUUGCAAUCCCUUUGGCAGAGAAGUCAGCAGCAUGAUCAAACUCUGGCUUUUUCUGGGUUCUUUUACUUUUGAAUUUUUUCUCGAAGCCAGCGCCAAUUCAACGCUGAUCAGCCCGAAGUCCAAGAUAUAUCCCCCUUGCUUUCGGGUGCUGGGAAAUGUGUGUCCAAAUUCGAAUAUUUCUUUCGUGCUCCAUAACAAUGAAAACCUAAGUGGACGUCUAUUAAAUCCAGCAAAUUUGGAGGAUUUUCCUGCCAAUACAAAAAGGAUGCUUACGUUGCUGCUACAUAGCUUCGCGAGUAAUUUGAAUACCGCACCCAUUCCUGACGUCCGAGCGCGGUUGCUGGCCAUAAGCGCUAACAACAUCAUCUCCGUUGACUACUCGAAACUUGUCUUUUAUCCCUGUUUUUCCGAGUCGGUGCAUAAUGCUGAUCAAGUGAGUCUAUGCAUUGCAGAUUACUUGGGAGUUCUAUUGCGUAAUAACCUGGUGCUAUCGAAUGAAGUGCUUAUUAUUGGUUUCGGACUAGGCACACAUGUGGGUGACUAUGUUGCUAGAAUGUUGACAAAUACCGACAUAAAAGAGGGCAAGGAGUUUGCGAACUUGGAUCGCAGUCUGACUGCAAAAUCGUAUGCGAGUGAUGCAACGAAUAACAAGCUUGAUAAUCAGGGUUUCUCGCUCAAAGACAUCAUGCUAAGCAUAAAGUAGAACAGCAAUGCGAUUGAUAUUGAUAUUUUCAAAUGAAAAAAAAUAGAAACUAACAAUAUUAACACUAAUAACAUACAUUUUUAUUAAAACACAGUUGGCUUAGGUGAUAUUUCGCCUAGCCUGGUUUCCUCCUCAGGCUUUAAAAUUUCGUUCCAAUUUACUGCAAUUGCUUUAUUCGGAACGCAUUACAUAAUAUAACAACCGCAAAGCUAAUAUUGAUGGCAAAUGUCAUGGUAAUAUUAAGGGGUAAAUUAAGCUAAAAGCAAAGGGGCUGUAAAAGUUUACGUCAGGUGUUAGAGGCAUCGAAACAAACCGAGAACGAAACAAUUUUUUUGAAACUCAUAGAAACAUGCACAUGCAUCCAAUACGGUCGAGAAUAGAGAAGUUCUUAUAUUAUCCGCUUUCUUGGGAUAAGAUCUGCUGUUUUUUUUAUUAAAUUUCUUUAGUCGUAACCUGUAUCUUAUAACAUUGCGUUAACGGCCUUCAAUACCCUUUCCACACGUUCUACGAAAACUAUUCUAUAGAAAACUUUUUUGUUCAUCAAGAUAUCAUGGCCAAACGGGGUAUUUUUUAAUUUCACUGUUAACUGUUCAACAGUUAUUUGCAAAAUCUUCUCAAUAUAGAACUCUUUUGCCGUUUACCAUGUACAUACGUGUGUAAAAUAUGUACAUAUAAAGUUGUAAGAGGACUCGUCGGGGGAAAAUUAAGUUCUUGUAUGAAAAACUGUUUUGUUUAUCAAAAUAUUCUGACUAAACUUGGCAUAUAUUAAUUACACUGUGCUCGCACUUCCAUAUCACUCUGUAGGAAUGAUUGGCUUUUGACCCAUAGUUCCAUAUGAUCUAGCCAACUUCGACGUACAUAUCUACGAAGUAGCAUUUUUUUUUUGUGUUCGCUAUAAUUGUAAUUAUAUCCAGCGUGAAUAUGCACACAAAAACUAAAUAUGGUUCUGUGUAGAGAACUAUGAACAAUACCAUGCCAAAUGCUUUUCGUAAUCAAUAUUUGUUUAGCGAUAACAAAGCUGUCACGUGUAAAUUUCUUAAGACUUGAAAGCUUUAAUUAAAGUUUGGAAUUUAUUCUGCAACGAACGCGCGGAUUGCCUUGUCCAAUACCUGCGCCUCGAGUGGUGGGUCCGUUGCGUCGAUAAGGCUGCUAAACAAGUGGUUGCAUUCCGUAACUAAGAAGCGCUCAAAAGUUUUGACUUCAUAAACUGGCCCGGAGCCGUGUACGUGUGUUGUGUGUUCCAUACAUAAAUGGAAAUCAAAGCAAGCGACGCAAGUUUGAUCGAUACAAAUCAAGCGAUUGUUCAACGCGCCAAUGUUUUCGGCUUUAUAGGAGCAGCAGCAACAGCACAACCACGCAGAGAGGCUAAGAGAACACACCUGUGAAGUAAGCAGGCAUGGAGGAGCUACAGGAUAGUAGCAUACAUCACACGACCGCAAAAGUUAUAACAGCCAUUAAGAAUACCAAAUGCUAUGAGCCCAUCUAUAAGGAAUUGCAGCGUCUCGUUGCCAGUCCCGGCGUCGACAAGAAUGAUAUGCGCAACACGCUGGAGGAUGCCAUCAAGGCUGCGGGUCUGGAGACUGAAAUUCGCAAUAUGAUUUACAAUCUGGUACGCAGUCGCUUGAAAAAACUCGAUGUUGGAGAUGUCCGACAAACGACGAAAUCCGCACAGAGCGAUCCGCUGGGCUAUCUAAAGCGUGCCGGCGUGCUAUGGGAUCGGCGUGUGCGGAAGAGCCUAAAUGCAAUGUGCGGCGAGCUGAAGGUUCCGCUGCACGGCCAGCCGCGCAUCAGCACCGAUCGCGAGGAUUUUGUGGCCAAGUGGAAUGAGUUGAGCAAUUACAAUAUGGAUCUUGCUAAUUAUCGUCCGGUAUAUGCGCCCAAGGAUUUGUUGGAAGUCUUACUAUCGCUAAAGGGACCCACUAGGCCCAAUGAAAAUUCCGACCAAAUACCGCAAUGGGAAUUUUCGCAUAUUGCGCUGCCCGUUAAAAAUCUCUUUGAACUGCGAACACAUUAUGCGGAUCUGCUGCGCGGCGAUCCCUACAGUGUGCCUGACUUGGCGGUGCAGUGCCAGCGUAUCCUGGACAGCAGACACGCCCCAAUGUGCCAGCAGUACUUAAAGAAGGGCUGCACUCCGGCACCCUAUCGUGGGGCCCUCUGGGCGUCUGUGCUGGGCAGCAAGCUGCACGAUUAUGACAUUGAGAAUUGGCAGAAGCUGCGUAACAGCGUAUGGACCACCGAUCAUAUUGUUGAUAAGCUCGUCUUUAAGGAUAUACAGCUGACGGCUUCAAAUGAUGACCAGUAUUUUGUAUUCGAAGAUGUGCUCUACCAGGUACUGUUAUGCUUCUCGCGGGACACCGAAAUUGCUAACUGUGUGGAGUAUGAAUCGUUUCCGGUGAAGGGCAAGACCUAUGAGGGGCCGCCCUCGGGCGUGGUGCCUUUUCACGGCAUCUGCAUGUUUGCGGCACCAUUUUGCUACCUGUAUGAUUCGCCGGUGUGUCUUUAUUAUACAUUUCGGGCCUUUUACAUACGCUAUUGCCACCGAUUGACCACGAUCAAUACGCAUCCGCAGGGCAUUGUUAGCCUGUGCCUGCUAUUCGAGAAGCUGUUACAGACAUACGAGCCACAGUUGUGGUCGCACUUUCGUGAGCUACAGAUACAACCUCUACGUGUAGUUUUCAAAUGGCUUAUGCGCGGGUUCUCGGGUCACUUGCCACCAGAUCAAUUGCUAGUAUUGUGGGACUUGAUACUCGGUUUUGAUAGCCUGGAGAUAUUGCCACUUUUUGCCAUCAUUAUAUUGAGUUUUCGAAAGGACAGCAUAAUGCAGGUGGCUUCACUUGACAGCAUCGAAGCCAUUUUGGCCGACCUAUCGUCCAUUAAGGUGCUGCCAUUGGUACAAUUGGCAUUAAGUCGCGACUAAGUGUAUGAUUCUCUCCUACAAAUUUUAAGUAUUUCUUUGUCGAUCCAUUUCCCGUCUUUAAAGUAGAAAUUCGACGUGUUUUAAUGCAGAGAUACGUAUUUAAACAAAAUAUAUGUGAAAAAGCGUUGUUAA